UUCCGCCUUUUAAUCCAAGAGGAUUCAUAUUUAACCAGUUGAACAUUUAUGUGUAUUUGUAUGUUUUUAGGCAUCAGUUACCCACAAAAACGGACAGUUUUAUUUUCGUGCAGUGCCUCGUGGAAUCCUACACAGACGAAAUGAAUGUAAAGAAGGUGGUGAAGACGGUGCUUAGUGUGGAACAAGCAGAGGGAGUGGGUGCUCGGGUCCGUAGGAGCAUCGGUAGGAAAGAACUGAGGAACUUGGACCCUUUCCUGAUGUUGGAUGAGUUCAAAGUGAGCAAGCCUGCAGGUUUUCCAGACCAUCCUCACAGAGGAUUUGAGACGGUCACUUAUGUUUUAGAGGGAAUCACAGCCCACGAGGACUUCUGCGGUCAUUCUGGACGUCUGAAACCUGGAGAUUUACAAUGGAUGACAGCGGGGCAGGGGGUGGUCCAUGCUGAGAUGCCUGUGUCAGAGGAGCCAGUGGUGGGACUGCAGCUGUGGGUAAACCUCCGAAAACAAGAGAAGAUGGUUAAACCAGCAUACCAGGAGCUUAAAAGCUCAGAGAUCCCCAAACCCAGCCAGGGUGGAGUUACAGUCGCUGUGAUUUCUGGAGAAGCCUUGGGAGCCAAGUCGAAGGUCUACACAAGAACACCAACCUUGUACUUGGACUUCAAACUGCAAACUGGGGCCAUACAUGUGCAGCCAGUCCCAUCUGGAUGGACUUCUUUCAUUUAUACCCUCUCUGGAACUAUUCAUGUUGGCCCAGGGGAGGAUCUGCAGCAGGUGGAGCCCCAUCACACCGUGGUUUUUGGAGAUGGUGAUUGUGUCAGGUUUGAAAACAAGGGUUCUGAGAUUUCUCAUUUUGUGCUGAUUGCUGGAGAGCCGAUCAACGAGCCUGUGGUACAACAAGGUCCAUUUGUGAUGACCACUGAAGAGGAGAUCAAACAGACUAUCUUGGACUUCCAGAAUGGAAGAAAUGGCUUUGAAAGAGCCAAAAACUGGAGGUCCAAAAUCAGAGAUUCUACCUAAGCAGAGCAACUUUAUCUCAGGUUUCUAUUUUGGUGCAACAAAAAAAAUGUUAUUAUGAAUUAGAGCAAAUGGGGUAAACUUGAAUCAGCAAUAUUUAUAAUUAGUUUUCUCAGAUAUUUUACUUAUGCUGUUUGAAGUAAUAGAGCUAUUUGAAAAUAUGCUAAUGUUGACUUAAUUAGGUAAAAAUAACAUAAGGUAUGAUUAAUUUGUCUUUUUAUAUUUGUUGAAAUAAGCUGUUGGGUUCUUGUUUUUAUAUUUUUCGUAUAUUAUGACUUGCUCAAUCCAUUCUUUACUUUUCUGUUUUCACGGCCUUAAGCCUUAAAUCUUCAAAUAAUGUCACAAUUAUCUGUCCUGUUACUGUAGAUAACAUUAUCGACAUACAUUGUUUCCUACUGCUGUGUUCGGAUUCUUUUACAAAAAAAAAAGGGUUUAGAAUUUUGGUGGGAAAGUUUAUUCAGCUAAAUAACCAAACAACACUAUGGAGGAGUAAUCUGUUCUCGAAUCAGCACUUUAUAAAUGUAGUUUUUCAGAUUUGUGGAAAUAUGAUUUAAAGGAAAAGUCCGGUCAGCAAGGAAUAAUCAAUAGAUCAUUAUCUAUACCUGAAACUAAUAUGUUCAGUCAUUUAAUGAAUUUAGCAUUACCGUAAUCAGGAAAAACAAAUUCUCCCCACUUUAAAAGCCAAAUCAAUGGGAACUACUUGACACAUCUGCAAUCAACAACAAUUAUUCAAGAUUUCGAGAGCACUUCAAAAUGUAAAUUGGCAAGAGCUAUAGUUAAACUGACAAUGCCCACGUGCACAGCAGUUGGAUGUUGUAAUACAUUGGGUAAAAUUGAAAAAAAAAAUUAAUUAUUUUACCUUUCUGAUUCAUGAUCGACGGGUUGGAUUGCCAACUUGAAGAGGAUUUGCCAUCAAACCUCUAGCCAGAGAAAAAAAAACACUCAAUAUGUAGCAAACAUUUUAAGAAUAGUGUUUUCAAGAUGACUCAGUUAAAAGUGGGUUGUGAAAUAACACCAGAUACAGCACUGGGACUUGCUCAACAGCCGAUACCAUACCGUGACGACCGGUAGGUGGCAGUAGUGUUCUUUGACAAACAUGAAUGUCUCCGGUAAGGCACAUUCAAAUUGAAAUUGCUCUUAAUUAAAACACUUAUUUUUUGAACAGUAUGUCAUAAUUUCAUAUUUAAAGUACUUUCAGAAUUUUGAAUUCUGAAUCUGACCGGACUUUUCUUUUAAAUGUGUUUAACAUGAUUGUGGAAAAGAUGGCGUAAAUUGAGCAAAUGAAAAAGCACCAGUUCUGGUUGCGCUGCUAAUUAAAGCAUGCCUCACUGAUGAAGAGCGCUUUAAUAGCUGGUAUUCUCUGGAAACAUUGUGUAGUGUUUUUUUUUAUUAGUUUAUUCUUACUGUUACCAAAUAAACUGCAAAGGGAAAUUUCCCUGCAGACACCUGUUUUUAGAUAUUUCACAGCAUUGUGAAAAACACAUUUUUAAUAAACACUUUGUUUGCUCUCCAUUAUUUAAAUGGCCAUUACAUGUUUACUACUACUCUAUCUGUAUACCACCUUCUCUUUAAGCAGAUGUGUCUUAACUAAUCCUUAAAAGUAAAAAUACUUUAUUAAAUGUUUGAAUGUGUUGCAUCAUCAAUUU